CUGUUAUUUCUCGUGAACCUUUGACAUUGUUUAUCACAUCACAUGAGAAAACAAAUCAGAUGUGAAUCGAGUCAAUCAACGAACUUUUACAAUGGGAAAUAGAUCUGACUUGCCGAGUCCAAGAAAAACUUUGUGAAAGACAAAAGAAGAAUCUGUAUUAUUAUUUUUAUAAGUUGGGAACAGUUCGGAGAGAACAAGAUGCUCUCAUUUUCUGGAGACAUUUUGGCAAGUGAAGAUGGAUCGAUGAAUUCCGAAAAAAUAAUCGGUUCUGUGGACAUAGCAAAUGAUACUCUUAUUAGAAAAAUUCGAACAGCUAAUUAUGCAAUUUACAACUACAAUCACUGGAUCCGAGAUUACGCUGCUGAUCAAGGUUACAGAGCAGCAGCAUUUCUUCUCCCACUCGGUUCCAUAUUCGUUUUAACACUCGUCGUCUUACUAAUGGUUUUAUUCAAGAGAUGUCCGCAAUUAGUCGCUGCAGUCGUUGCCGGAAUUUUAGGAACAAUUAUAAUAUUCACGAUACUCGUCACUGUGAAUCAUCCAGCAGUUUAUCAGUAGUCAAAAGCAAAACUGAGAUUUGAUUUUCCAUGACAAAAAGAAAAAAAAAUUGACACUCGUCCUCAUUACUGUAAAUAUAUCAUAUCCAUAACAUAAAGUACUUACCGUUAAACAUUGGUUCUGUAUUGAAUCAUGCCAUUCGAGACGCGUUUGACUGUUUCAACAUAAUCUUCCAAAGUGUCCUUCAAUGAAUCGUAGUUCUGAAAAAGGAGAUUCAGUCAUUUAAUAACGAGACUAGAAAGAUUUAUAAAUAUAUAUUUUAAGCUUCGUAUUGUAUAUGGUAAUCCAAGUAGAUUUUAUCAAAUUUUUUAAAAUAAAAUCCUACUUCUAUGUA